ACACACAAAUACCGCGGUAUAUGGACACACAAAUACCGCGGUAUAUGGACACACAAAUACGGUAUAUGGACGCACAAAUACCACGGUAUAUGGACGCACAAAUACCGGUAUAUGGACACACCUAAAUACCCGCGGUAUAGCACACAAAUACCACAACACAGGGUAUAUGGACACAAAUACCGCGGUAUAUGGGCGCACAAAUACCACGGUAUAUGGACGCACAAAUACCCGCGGUAUAUGGACACCACAAAUACUGCGGUAUGGACGCACGAUACCGCGGUAUAUGGACACACAAAUACCGCGGUAUGUGGACGCAAAUACCGGUAUAUGGACACACAAAUACCGGUAUAUGGCGCACAAAUACCGCGGUAUAUGGACUACCGCAAAUACCACGGUAUAUGGACACACAAAUACCACGGUAUAUGGACACACAAAUACCACGGUAUAUGGACACACAAAUACCACGGUAUAUGGACACACAAAUACCACAACACAGGGUAUAUGGACACACAAAUACCACAACACAGGGUAUAUGGACACACAAAUACCACAACACAGGGUAUAUGGAUACAAAUACCACGGUAUAUGGAUACAAAUACCACGGUAUAUGGAUACAAAUACCACAACAAUGGGUAUAUACAUACAAAUACCACAACACAGGGUAUAUGGACACAAAUACCACAACACCGGGUAUAUGGACACAAAUACCACAACACAGGGUAUAUGGACACACAAAUACCACAACACAGGGUAUAUGGACACACAAAUACCACAACACAGGGUUUAUGGGUACAAAUACCUCAACACCCGGUAUAUGGGUACAAAUACCUCAACACCGGGUACUUUACUAGGGACCUGUAUUAG